GGCCUCGUCUCAUUCUGACAAGGCAAGCAAGCAGCAGCUUCCUGUGCAAAGGUGAGAGGGAGCAGACAAAGACUGAACACACACGAGAGGAACAGCUCCGCAGCAGACCAGCCUGUCUCCUCUCAUGCCAGCAGCACUGGCUGGUGGGUGGAUGUGCUCUGAGCAGAGCUCCUCUCCAGCCCCUCUCCCUGCUCCCUGCUUCCUUCCCACUUGGGCCAACAGCACCUGCAUCCAUCUGUCCUUGCAACCCCAACUCUGGAGCACCGGGUGCCUGGAACUGGAAGUGUGUCCCCAGAACAGAUGAAGCCCUCCUCACUGCUUCUGCACCACCUCUUGCUGCUCAUUCUGAUUCCUCUCUCAUUGGCAUCGGACUCUACGCAAGGCAACUCCAGUCUCACUUGUUGGUAUGACUCGAGGGCAGCUCUCCUUUGUGACUGGAACUCAGGCAGGGACCUUGCUGAUGCGCCGUGCAAUCUGACGAUUUUAUCGAAGUACGAAUUUUGUGACAGGUUACAUUCUUCAUCUGAAAGAUCUGAGCAAUGUGCGUUACCCAAGGCAGAACACAUGACUGGGCUGAGGAGAUGCAUCAAGAUUUUCAGCAAAGACUAUAAUAUGCAAUGCUUCACUGCUGCAGAUCGUCUUACCAUGUCUGUACACUGCCAGACUGGGGACAAUAGGUCUAUACCUGCGCAACUGGAGGAUUUUAGUCCACUUCAAAAUAUAAAAUUGUGGCCUCCAGGAAACCUUCAGCUGUUCAGCAAAGCUAAAAACACCUACAACUUAACAUGGAGUCUGAAUAUUUCCUCUCACUACUUGAAUGGGGAGCGGCAAUACGAGGUGCGGUACCGAACCACGAGUCAGUCAUGGGAGGAAGCCAAGACCUUCAUCAUUAGUCAGGACCAGAUGUGGGCACCUUUUGAAAGACUCUCCCCCAACAUGAAGUACGAGGCUGCUGUCCGUGCAAAGCCAGGUGCCUCAAGUACCUGCAAAGGUGUGUGGAGUGACUGGAGCAAGACAGUACUGUGGAGCACACAUGUUGAAGGAACAUCCCGGCCAGUCCUGCCAGCGAUUAUAGUGAGCACGUGCGUCUUUGUGAUCAUUGGGUCUGCCUUCCUUAUAAACUUACGGACCCCAAGAUGGUUUAAGAAGAUCCUGAAGAUUCACAUCCCAGAUCCUGAGAAGUUCUUUCCCCCACUCAUCUCUGUUCAUGGAGGCGACAUUCAGAAAUGGCUCUCCUCCCCAUUCUCCACAUCUGCCAUGUGUGUGAACAGUGCAGCCCCAGAAAUCUCAAUGCUGGAGGUGAUGCAGAAGAACGAUCAGGAAUCCCAGCUUUCCAAGGGAACUUUGGCGCCUGAUCCUCCUUCAGAAACCAGUGGACACUCUGUGUCCAGCUGCUUCACCAACCAGGGCUACUUCUUCUUCCACCUUCCCAACUCCUUUGAGAUCGAGCCCUGUCAGGUCUACUUCACAUAUGAGCCUUUCACCCAGGAGAGCAAUGGCAGCGAGGACAGCGAGACUUACCGUGAUCUUCCCUCCCCAGACCUCUGCACACUGGCAGAGGACAUGCCAGUGUUGCCCUAUAACUUUCUGCACUGUAUACAUGGGAUCCAGGGCUUCCAAAAUAUCUCCUUCGUGGCAGAGACACAAAGUGAAACCCAGUGGGCUGUGGCUUCUCUGUCAAGAGCAAGCACCUCACCAACACCAGUUCUGAAGCAGGAUGAGCAGAUGACUGACAAAGCAGCUUUACAAUAUGCUGAGGCCCCAUGCCAGGUGGACACAGACUUUCCUGACUCACCAGACCUACAUGACAACAAUACUUCUGAUGUAUCAAGUGGGAAAGCAGGCCUUCCAAUUGAUCCCAGUGCUCCAGCAGCACAUGCUACCUCUUCCUUUUCUCAGCCUACAACUCUAAGGCAAACCCAGGAUGAGGAUCUUUGCAGAACAGCCUUUUCCAGCCAAGUGCCAAACACUGGUGCCUACCUUUCUCUUAAGGACCUCCAAAGUCAAUACAGCCGUGGCUCUGUCUAGGAUCACUUGGGGGAAGUCUACAAGCAUAGGAAAGACCUUCUAUGUGGGGAAGACUAGAUGGACAUUUCUCCUAUUCAGAGCAUGAAUGUAGUCUCCAGUCACUGAACCACUGGAACUGUUCUUUAACAAGGCUGGAGAACAGAGUUACUCUAGAGGGAUGCAAAACUGCAGAAGGAAUAGGAUGAACAAGGCAUAAAUUCAUAGAUGAGGCUGAUGACAAAGUACAUGAAGACAUCUCUUCCUGACUAACCCAGAGUGUCUUUUAUUUUUUUUCCUAUGAUGUUCUUCCUCAUUUCAGGUUUUAAUCAAAGUACAUUCUGGGCUGCUCACUCUAGUUUUAAACUCAGGUUCUAAGAUUAGCUCAGAGCCAUAGCUGUGUCAGCUGUCUAAGCAGUGCAGUGUUAAAAGAAAUCCCCAUUAUUGGGUUAAAAAUACUGGGGAAAUCCCCUCCCCUUCCACUUUCUCCCCCAAGUCUAAUGAUGGCAGUAAAAAGAACACACAUAAUUUCCCAUUCUUGCUGCAAUAUUUUUCAUGAAAUCGAAAGCCUCUCUGUUUUUCUGGCAAAAUACCAUUAUUUGACUACGAUAAGCUGAUUGCAGAGUAGUUCAUUCCACAUCCUGUAUUAGUGGAAAACGUCGUGAAGGUGCUGCCCAUUCCUUCCAUUGCUCAGGGGAAACCAUUGCCUAGUUAGCGGCAAAGAUAUGGUAAAUGAGCCCAGAAAACUAACUCACGAAUCUGCACCUUCAUUGAAAAGAAAACUUCAAUCCACGCACCAAAAAAAAAAUGAAGGCUGCAGAGACUACUUUUCUUCUUUGCAUAUCUGGGUUGAUAAGCAGCAAUAACACAGAAGAGAAGCGUUAAGGCAGAGCGAGACAUGCUGUUCUGCUUCCAUCCAUCCUUGCAUUCAACAUCUGUACUGUCUGUCUCUUCUCUUGCCGUGUUUCAGGAGUACUCAGAAAUGGGAAAAUACCAAUUUAUUGCUACAGAUCUUUCUUCUAAGAUCAAAAACUUUCAAAGUUAUCAAACCUCUUGGUACUUUUGCCAUCCCUUUGAGUAUCACCUCAAAAGAGCUGCUCAAGGGACUUGAUUCUGCCUACAACAGAGAGGUCUGGGGCAACCCUUAUCCUCUGCUUAUCAGCUUCUUCAUCCGCCUCAAGAUGUAGACUGACCCUUUGCCUCCAGGACAUAUCAGGUGAAGAAUACCCCCACAGCUUCCUAGAUGAGCAAGCACAAGAUUUGCCCAGCUAUUUGCUGUGCUUUGGGAUUCUUUCCAGGUGGAGCUCAAAAGGAGACACUGAAUCCCUUGCCUCAACAGGCAAAUUGAUAUCUUACAUAGGUCAAGGAUCCCAGUUCUACUGAUGGUUCUCCUGUCCCUAUGUAGACCUUCAUAAGCUUCUCAAUUAUUCUUGCUGCUAUAAUGAGUAUAAAAAACCUACCCCUUUUUCCUUUUUGUAAAUAAAAGAAAUAUUAAGGAAUCUACAAAGUUUUAUUUGGAGUUGGGGGGGGGCACCUAAAAGAUUUUCUAAAUGCGGGACUAGAUAAAGCUUGGUAAAGAUGGGACGAACAUACCUUUAGCCCUCUUGCUCCUCCCUUUCUCAAGGCACACCACCACCUAAAACAGGGGUAUUUGCACUGUGUGGGCAAGCAGGUUUUGAAGCCAGGGCAAAGAAAGGGGAUGUAUCAAAAGACAUUUGCCUGAAGGGCACAGCUGCAAGUAAACUAUCAGAAGCCCUUCAUAGUGAAUGGCACUUCCCCUAUGGACUUCAGCAGGUUCUGAGUCAGCUCCAACAUUCAGGCAAACAGGAGAAGGGUCAGACUGAAAUUCUGAGGGGCAGAUGCACCACUUCACAGGUUGCCAAGGUUAAGAAAGAAAGAAAGAGGUCUUAGCUACAGCAAACACAGGAAGUUUGGUAUACUGCCAUAAGAAGGAGGCAGUUCUACUGAGAUGUGCCCAGAGAGCAGAGCUGGAAGUGAAUCCUGCUGUGGGGCCCCGAGGACCAUCCUGCUGGUUCAGUAAUUUUCCCCCUUGUGAAAAUGCUGACAGCUUUCAAACCGGCAAGCUGUUAGCGCUGCAUUAGCAGCCACACUGGGUGUGAAUGUGUGACACUGCGGCAGGAAGCGCUCAACAUAAGAUCUGUCGAUAACUGGACCUUUCUUCCAGGAAGACGAGGUCAUGUGGCCUCGUAUGUGAGUAACCCAGGUUGUGAACACCAGUGACACAACACUCAGCGAUAUGGGGCCCUUUCUCUUCUGGGUCCCUGAGAGCUCUCUGGAAAUGUCACAGGGGCAAACGUUCCCCUCCCAAGCUGAUGUGAACACGCAGUGCAAGUCAGAACACAGAUGACAGUGUCCAUCAGUACCAGAGUCAUACCGAAACUGAACAGCAGCUCAGCUAACAGCCACAGACACCAGUGCUCUCUUCAUCUUAAUCCUGGAGGUAACAAAGAUAGCUGUCAUCUCUCUGACAUCUCUCAUCUCCCUCUUUCCAAAAUACUUUAUUUGCAACAUCACUCUCAGCCACAUCCCACAUUCCUCCUGUUUGUUGGUUGUUUUGUUUUUAUUUUGUUUCUCUUUUUUUUGCUGUGGAGAAGCAGUAAGUAAAUAGUAUUUGCAAUAAAGGAAUUCCUCUGAAGUCAAAUCUGAUCAAGGUUUUGGGUCCUUGGUUGAUUCAAAAGGCUGUGGUGAUAGAUGUGGUAUGUUUAGAUAGAUCAGAUUG